GGCGGGGCGCGGGGCCGCCGAAGCCGCGGAACGUGGGCCCGCGCGCCCCGCCUUUGUCUCCCGGGCGCGAGCCGCCGCAGCCCCGCGCCCGCCGCUCGCCGCCGGAGCCGCUUUGUGCCGCGCGCGGCGGUCCCGGGGCGCGGAGCGGCGGGCGCAGCUUCAGCAUGGACGUGACCGUCUCGGAGCUCCUGGAGCUCUUCCUGCAGAGCCCGCUGGUGACCUGGGUGAAAACUUUCGGUGCGUUUGGCGGCGGCUGCCGGGACAACCUGAGCAUGUACAUGGACUUAGCGGACGGCACCCUCCUGAGCCAGAUCAUGCUGCAGAUAGACCCCCGGCCCACGAAUCAGCGCAUCAACAAGCACGUCAACAACGACGUGAACCUUCGCAUCCAGAACCUGACCAUCUUGGUGAGGAACAUCAAGACCUACUACCAGGAAGUGCUCCAGCAGCUGAUCGUAAUGAAUUUGCCCAAUGUUCUGAUGAUUGGCAAAGACCCACUGUCUGGGAAGAGCAUGGAGGAGAUUAAGAAGGUCCUGCUGCUGGUGCUGGGCUGUGCCGUCCAGUGUGAGCGGAAGGAAGAGUUCAUUGAACGCAUUAAGCAGCUGGACAUUGAGACGCAAGCCGGCAUCGUGGCGCACAUCCAGGAGGUGACCCACAACCAGGAGAAUGUGUUUGACCUGCAGUGGCUGGAGCUGCCGGACGUGGCCCCAGAGGAGCUGGAGGCCCUGUCCAGGAGCAUGGUGUUCCAUCUGCGGCGGCUCAUCGACCAGCGGGACGAGUGCACCGAGCUGAUCGUGGACCUGACCCAGGAGCGGGACUACCUGCAGGCGCAGCACCCGCCCAGCCCCGCCAAGUCCUCCAGCGUGGACUCCACGCCCAGCCCCACCAGCAGCCUGUCCAGCGAGGAGAAGCAGCACCUGGCCGUGGAGCUGGCUGACACCAAGGCCCGUCUGCGGCGCGUCCGACAGGACCUGGAGGACAAGACGGAGCAGCUUGUGGACACCAGACACGAGGUGGACCAGCUGGUGCUGGAGCUGCAGAAGACCAAGCAGGAGAACACCCAGCUGGCCGCGGACGCCCGGUCUGCCCGCGCCUACCGGGACGAGCUGGACUCGCUGCGGGAGAAGGCGAGCCGCGUGGAGAGGCUGGAGAUGGAGCUACUGCGCUGCAGGGAGAAGCUGCACGACGUGGACUUCUACAAGGCCCGCAUGGAGGAGCUGCGGGAAGAUAACAUCAUUCUCAUCGAGACCAAGGCCCUGCUCGAGGAGCAGCUGGCGGCCGCCCGGGCCCGUGGUGACAAAGUGCACGAGCUGGAGAAGGAGAACUUGCAGCUGAGAUCCAAGCUGCACGACGUGGAACUGGACCGGGACACGGACAAGAAGCGGAUCGAGGAACUGCUGGAGGAAAACAUGGUGCUGGAGAUCGCCCAGAAGCAGAGCAUGAACGAGUCCGCCCACCUGGGCUGGGAGCUGGAGCAGCUGUCCAAGAACGCAGACCUGUCGGACGCCUCCAGGAAGUCGUUCGUGUUCGAGCUGAACGAGUGCGCCUCCAGCCGCAUCCUGAAGCUCGAGAAGGAGAACCAGGGCCUGCAGAGCACUGUGCAGGGCCUGCGGGAGAGCGGCCUCCGGUGCGCCGAGCUGCAGAGGGAGAACGAGCAGCUGAGCAGGAAGGUGGAGAAGUUGCAGACCCAGCUGGAGAGAGAGAAGCAGAGCAGCCAGGACCUGGAGACCCUCAGCGAGGAGCUCCUCAGGGAGAAGGAGCAGCUGCAGAGCCACAUGGAGACCCUGAAGGCCGACAGGGCCAGGCAGAUCAAGGACCUGGAGCAGGAGAAGGACCAACUCAGCCGAGCCGUGCGGUCGCUGCGGGAGAGGUCACAGGUCAGCAGCGAGGCCUGCUUGAAAGACGCCGAGAGGGAGCACGGAGCCCUGCACUUGGCCAUGGUGGACGCCGCCGGCCGGCCCGGCCAGCUGGAGGUGGAGCAGCAGCCACCGCGUGGGGACGCCGAGCAGGCCCAGGAGAAGGUGGAGCGAGUGGAGGCGCUGGAGCGGGAGCUGCGCCAGCUGGAGGAAGAGCGCGAGCAGCUGGCGGCGCGGGCCGGGGCCCUGCAGGCGGCUGCCGAGAAGGCCCAGGGCCUCGAGCAGGAGAACGGCACGCUGCGGAAGUCGCUGGACACGCUGCAGAACGUGGCCGUGCAGCUCGAGGGCCUGCAGCGUGACCGCGAGCAGCUGGCCCAGGAGAACCGGGAGCUGCGUGCCGCGGUGGAGGCCGUGCACCUGGGCCGCGCCAAGGUGGCACAGGUGCAGCGGGAAAACCAGCAGCUGGCGCGCGAGAGGGAGGUGCUGAGCCGCGACGUGGCGCUGCUCGCCGCCCUCGGCCAGCAGCCGGAGUGCCUGGAGCACGGCUCCCAGGGCGGCAGCGCCGAGGACCUGCGGCUGCCGCAGGGCCUGGAGCAGGAGCUGGGCGAGCUGGAGGCCGAGCGCCAGGCCCUGCGGCGGGACCUGGAGGCCCUGCGGCUGGCCAGCUCCCGGCUCCAGCGGGCCGAGGAGGACCGGAAGGCGCUAGAGCAGGAGGUGGCGCAGCUGGAGAAAGACAAGAAGCUGCUGGAGAAGGAGGCCCAGCGGCUGUGGCAGCAGGUGGAGCUCAAGGACGCCGUUCUGGACGACAGCACUGCCAAGCUGUGCGCCGCCGAGAAGGAGAGCCGCGCGCUGGACAGGGAGCUGGCCCGCUGCCGGGAGGCGGCCGGCAAGCUCAGGGAGCUGGAGAGGGACAACCGGGACCUCACCAAGCAGGUCACCGUGCACACGAGGACGCUGACGACCCUGCGGGAGGACCUGGUGCUGGAGAAGCUGAAGAGCCAGCAGCUGACCAGCGAGCUGGACCAGCUGAGCCAGGAGCUGCAGAAGCUGGGCCUCAGCAAGGAGCUGCUGCUGCAGGAGGACCACAGCGAGAGAAAAUACAAGAUAUUGGAGGGCAGAAAUGAAUCGGCAUUGCAGACCACGCUGGCACUGAGAGAGGAGAAGAUUGUGUUUCUAGAAGCACAGCUGGAGGAGAAAGCGGGCCUGAACCACCAGUUACAGAGCGAGCUCCAGACGCUGAAGGAGGAGUGUGAGGUCCUGCGGCAGGCUUCGGAGGCGGGGGCACCCCUGCAGGGUGCUUCCAGACACGUGGAGGAGGAGGCCUGGGGACCCAGCCACAAGGAGGCCACCUUGGAGCUGCUGCGGGUCAAGGACCGGGCCAUCGAGCUGGAGCGAAAUAACGCGGCUUUGCAGGCCGAGAAGCAGCUGCUGAAGGAGCAGCUGCAGCACCUGGAGACCCAGAACGUGGCGUUCAGCAGCCAGAUCCUGACGCUGCAGAAGCAGAGCGCCUUCCUGCAGGAGCAUAACACCACGCUGCAGACGCAGACGGCCAGGCUGCAGGUGGAGAACUCCACGCUGAGCUCCCAGAGUGCCUCGCUCACGGCGCAGUACGCACUGCUGCAGAGCCAGCAGACAGCCAAGGAGGGCGAGCUGGACAGCCUGCGGGAGCAGCAGGAGCGGCUCACGGCGGCCCACGAGGCACUGCUGCAGGACCACGAGCGCCUGGGCGCCCUGCACGAGCGCCAGUGCGGCGAGUACGAGGCUCUCAUCCGCCAGCACGGCUGCCUGAAGACGCUGCACCGCAACCUGGAGCUGGAGUUCAAGGAGCUGGGCGAGAGGCACGGGGACCUCCUGGCGCACAAGGCCGCGCUGGAGGAGCUGGAGAAGGUCCUGACCGCGGAGCGGGAGGCCCUGCAGCAGGAGCGCAGGGCGGACGCCGUCGCCGCGGGCGAGAACCAGAGGCUGCGGGGAGAACUGGACAGGGUCACCUUGCUGCACCACCAGCUGAAGGGGGAGUACGAGGAGCUGCACGCCCACACCAAGGAGCUGAAGACCUCGCUCAACAACUCGCAGCUGGAGCUGAGCCGCUGGCGGGCGCGCUUCGACGAGCUGAAGGAGCAGCACCAGAACAUGGACAUCUCGCUGACCAAGCUGGACAACCACUGCGAGCUGCUGUCCCGCCUCAAGGGCAACCUGGAGGAAGAAAACCAUCACCUCCUGAGCCAGAUCCAGCUGCUGAGCCAGCAGAACCAGAUGCUGGUGGAGCAGAACAUGGAGAACAAGGAGCUGUUCCACGAGGAGCAGAAGCAGUACAUAGACAAGCUGAAUGCCUUACGGAGACACAAGGAAAAACUGGAAGAAAAGAUCAUGGACCAGUACAAGUUCUACGAUCCUGCUCCAAAGAAGAAGAGCCACUGGAUUGGAGCCAGAGCCUUAGUCAAACUCAUCAAACCAAAGAAAGAGGGUUCCCGAGAGCGCCCCAGGACGAGCACAGACAGCCCUCCCUGGCAGCUGGAAGAGCCCGCCUCGCCGCCCGCCCCUCAGCCCCUCAGGUCCCAGCCCGAGAACCCCGCCACCCCCCCGCUGGACGUGAACGGCAUGGAGGAGCACGACCCCCACGGCGCGUCCAGGGAGAAAGGCCCUGGGGAUCUGCGAGCCAAGCGCAGGUCCCCCCCUGGGGAUGGCAUGGACAGCACAGAGGCCUCCGCUGACCUGGCUGCCCAGCCCUGGCCCUCGGAGCUGGGCUCCAAGGCCUGUUCUACCCCAGCCAUCGCCUCAAGCCCUUCCAGCUCCACCCCUACAUCCCGGCACCCAGGCUGCACCAAAGGCUAUAACUCAGAAGACAACCUCUGCGAGCCGUCCCUGGAGCUUGAGUUCACCCACAGGCAGUACGUGUCUCGGCCCAGUAGCUUGGAGAGCAGCAGGAAGACAUCCAGCCACAGCUCGCCUCUCAGCCUCAAAGGUUCCUCCGAGCAGCUCUUUGGCCGCUCCGAGAGCUUCAGCAGUGAGGACCUGAUCCCCAGCAGGGACCCGGCCACGCUCCCCCGAGACGCCAGCACCCCAGGCUGCCCCGCGUACCCCGCACCCCGGAACGGGCCUGCCCCCCAGGAGGGUGCCCCGAAGAGGAACACCGCUCUGCCUCCUGCUGGGGCGCGGCCCCGCACCGCCUCCCCCAGCAGCGAGAUGGUCACCUUGGAGGAGUUUCUGGAGGAGAGCAGCCGGAGCUCGCCCCCCCAUGACCUGCCCGGUAGCCAGGAUGACCUGCUUGGCGACUACUUCCGCAAAGCCAACGACUCCCCUGCCGUGGGGAGCCAGCCAGGACUACCCCCCAGGAAAGAAGGGGCCAAGAUGCCCACCAGCUUUGUGGCCCCCACCAUCAAGAUGGCCGUGAGCACCCCCGAGGCGCGGCAGCCGAAGCCCGGGCAGUACGUGAAGCCCAGCUUCCGGUCGUCGGUGGAGACCCCGGCCUCGCCCAGUGCCCCUCCGCGCCAGGUCCAGCCACCGCAGAGCCUGAGUCUGGGCAGACCCCGGCAAGCCGCGCUCCCCGCCAGCCGCAGCGCGUCCCUGAGCCGGGCCUUCAGCCUGGCUUCGGCUGACCUCCUCCGGGCCAGUGGGCCCGAGGCCUGCAGACACGAGUGCCCCCCACAGAAGCUGGUGGGGCCCAUGACGGUGGGGAGCAGAGACACUGGCAGCCACCCACCGCCAGGCCCUGGGCCCUCCUCCAGCCCCCAUAGCCUGGUGCGCGAGCGGACUCCGCUGGCGGCCAAGGCCGGCGGCACCUGUCCGGGCCCCCGCGGCCGGCCGCUGGACGUGCGGCGCUUCUCGCUGGCACCGCCGAAGGAGGAGAGGCUGGCGCCCCUGCAGCAGUCGGCCACAGCGCCGGCCCUCGCCUCGGGCGCCUCACCCUGCUCGCCCGCUGCGCCACCUGCCAGGACCAAGCCCAGAACGCCGCCGCACACAGCUGAGGUGGCAGCCGUGGUGCCCGUGCGGGCCGGGCCGGGCCUCACGGAGCCGGAUGGCGAGGGGCCGCCGGCCAAGGGCCCCGUGAGGCCCCCGGAGGACUGCAGCCGCGGAAGCAGCUCCAGGAGCACGCCGGCGUCCCCAGAGCCGGGCGGGGACCCGCAGACCGUGUGGUAUGAGUAUGGCUGCGUGUGACCGACCGGCGCCUCUCAAACCGAGGAAGGGGCUUCCCCGCAGGGCACAGAAACCCUGGGCCGAGCCCUGGGGACAUGGCCACCGGCGGCUUUGGGCCAACGAUCCGAGGGGGCCCCACCGAACACCCCCGUGCCCCUUGCAAGCCUCUGUGAGAGUGUGCAUGUGUGUCCACAUGCACCCACACCUGGUUCGCAAGGCUCAGUCCGGGUGGCUGUCCCCUUCCUGGGGUCCCAAGCACUUCCCUUUACCCUGGAGCCGAGGGCGGCCUCGGCUGGCUCCUGCUCUCUGCACGGCAAGCUCUGAGUGCCACCCGCCUUCCCCGCUUCCCCCGGCUUGCUUACCUGCAAACACUGGAUCUGGGGUGGGGGGCAGAGACCCCCUCUCCCCCCAACCUCGGGCAGGGGUGCAUGGUGCACAGGGAGCCAGGUGCAUGCCUGACCCCUUCGUGGCUGCAGCACCCAGCUUCCCCUGCCCCAGAUGCGAUGUUUAUUAUUUCUGAAUAAUUUUGGGGAGGGCAAAGACCUAAUUUCUUUUAAUAUAUUGCAUCUGUGUAUACACUCAUGUGAAUUAUGUAUACUUGGGGACCUAUUUAUGUGCUGUUGGGGAGUUCUUUUCUAGCGGGAAUCUUUGCUGCUCUGUGUAUUUGGUCAGAUUCCUGAUACGGUUAAGUUUGUCCCAGGAUGGACUUAGCCUGUUUUUUUUUUUUUUUUAAAGAAUUUUUUUUUCCUUUUGAUUCUGUAUCCUGGGAAGGAAAUGGGAGACUUCUGAAUGUUCACAAGGUCCACUUUAGGAAUGUCUGGGGUGUGUAUGCACUAGCCUUCCGCUCUGGAGCGCAAGGACAGGGCUGUAAUAAAGGGGAAUGGAAC